AUGGCGUUCCUCUUUAAAUCAAAGAAGAACCAGCAGACUUCUGGUCUGCCACCCGCGACGAGAAACGUCCAUACUUCUGAAGGAGCACCAGCGGGCUCUGGAGCCACGCUGAACGGGUCGAAGGAUGGGGUGGUCACAUCGCAGACGCCGACGCCUAGCGGUAGCUAUAAUAAUUCUUUGAACUCGGUAACUAGCACCAACAGCCCGGAACAGCAGCGAAUGCGGCAACGAGCCGAGUCUGAGUCUCAGGCUCAACGUCCCCAACAAUCCACGUCUCCAGUCUCCAGUCCCGGUUCAUCCCUGUACCCGUGGUCGCAACGUCGGCUAAACUUUUCGUCGCCGCAAGCAAACCCUUUCCCGCGAUAUGGCGCAGCAAUCAACGCAGUGGCUUCGAAAGAGGGUGAUAUCUACAUGAUGGGAGGGUUAAUAGAUGGUUCGACUGUCAAGGGAGAUCUGUGGAUGUUGGAAAGCAGCAGCGGAAAUCUGUCGUGCUUCCCCAUCGCAACUGUUUCGGAAGGGCCAGGACCUCGUGUCGGUCAUGCGAGCUUGCUAGUCGGAAAUGCUUUUAUCGUCUUUGGCGGUGAUACCAAGGUGGAUGAGAAUGACACGUUGGAUGACACGCUCUACCUGCUAAAUACUUCCUCCCGACAAUGGUCGCGCUCAAUACCUCCCGGCCCUAGGCCCACUGGACGAUACGGACACACUCUGAACAUUCUUGGCUCCAGACUCUACGUUUUUGGAGGGCAGGUCGAAGGAUACUUCUUCAAUGAUUUAGUUGCCUUUGAUCUGAACCAGUUGCAGAAUCCAGGUAAUAAAUGGGAGUUUCUUAUUCAGAACAGCCAUGAAGGCGGACCUCCACCUGGUCAAAUUCCCCCUGCAAGAACAAAUCACACGAUCGUCAGUUUUAAUGACAAAUUGUACUUGUUCGGAGGCACAAACGGUCUACAAUGGUUCAACGACGUUUGGUCAUAUGAUCCUCGGACCAACAGCUGGACUCAGCUUGACUGCGUUGGAUUUAUCCCGACACCUCGAGAAGGACACGCGGCUGCUCUCGUCAACGACGUAAUGUACGUCUUUGGUGGACGGACCGACGAAGGUAUCGACCUCGGCGAUCUCGCCGCUUUCCGUAUCAGCACUCGACGAUGGUACUCUUUCCAGAACAUGGGACCAGCACCCUCUCCGCGAUCAGGUCAUAGCAUGACUGCCUUUGGAAGGCAAAUAAUUGUCCUGGCGGGUGAGCCGAGCUCUGCCCCAAGAGACCCAGUGGAGCUCAGUAUGGCAUAUAUGCUUGACACAUCGAAGAUUCGGUACCCAACCGAAAAUCCAAAUGGUGAGAAAGCAAUGUUUCCUGGGCCCACCAAAACCGGAGCUGGAGAAAAGCCGCCAUCAGGUCGAGUAUCCCGUGAAGCACAAAACCAGCCGUCAGAUCAAUUCAGGCGCGCCCAGGGACCUCGAGAAAGUGUGGUCAGUCCUACUGGCCGGCCCACGGAGCUAGGUCCGGGACCAGGAUCUCGAUUGCCACGGGCAUCCAUUGCUAAUGCUCCCGCUGGGCCUCCUCCGCCGGGACAGGCUCCAACCCCUGGCCCGAGAGGGAACCCACCGCGAGAUGGCAACAAUUUCCGAAGCAAGACGCCGACAAAACAGGAGCGUGGAUAUGGUGGACCCCCCAUUGACACGACUCGCGCCAUAGCCGGUGACAGGGAGAGGGAGCCAGCGCCAAGGGACUCACCCAAAGACCCUAGGUUUGCGCAAGAGUCGACUGGUCAGCGGACUCCCACUCAGCAGUCCCAGAGGAUGUCGGCAAGGGCCAUGGAGGCCGGAGAGGCCGCCCCUCUUGUGGCACCGGCUCGGCAACGCUCACUGCGCCAGCGACAGCGUAGUUCAAUGGAUAGCGCCGAUGAGUCUAUUCUUGGCAGACAUGCGAGUAUCGACGGAUCAGUUGACUCGCGAACCCAUAGGAACUCUAGGACAGGAGACGAACCUCGCUCACCACGGUUGACUGCCCACCAGGAGGCCUUGUUUAAAGAAUUAGAGGCACUAAAAAGUCGAAAUGCUUGGUACGCCUCGGAGCUCGCCUUGGCCAAAAAAGCUGGGUAUACCCCUAAUAUUUCGGCGAACUCUGCUUUGGAUGAACGGACAUCGGAUGCCUUCACCGAUGAGGAUCGCCCCCUGAUCGAAGCGUUUCUGGCAAUGCGAGCAGAGCUGGCAAAGAUGCAAGCCACCGUGGAUCGACAAGCCGCGAUUGCAUCCAAGCGUGUAGCGGAGGUCGAGCAGCAAAGAGACGUUGCUGUGAACGAGGCUGCUUAUGCUCGGGCAAAACUCGCUGCCCACGGCGGAAGCCAGCAAAGCACUCCAUCGCUGGAUGGACAAUCUCAUGAUCUUGACAAGGCAGCAUCUGACCGCACCACAGAUCUUAGCCGCAGAUUGGCUUUGGCGCUUGCAUCCCAGAAUGAACUCAAAUCGAAACUGGAAGCACUUUCUACGGAUCUUGAGCAGGAGAAACGUGGCAGGGAAUUGGCAGAAGAGACCUCCGAGGCCACUAGAAGAAGGCUGGCGGAGCUGGAAAUGCAAAAUAAUCCUCUGGAAACGGAAAGUUUACGCGCCCAACUUCAUCAGGUUGAAGCAUCAUUCAGGGAAGAGUCAAUGUUGCGAUCCGAAGCUGAAUCAUCCCUAAAGCAGCUGGCUCUUGAUAAAGAGGAGCUGUCGAGGAAGUUGGAGGAUUCUACCAACCGCCUGAGAGACUUUGGCGACAAUAUUGGUGGCCUCAAACAAGCUGUCACAGCAUCUGUGGAAAAGGCUUCCAUUCUAGAGAAGAAGCUUGAUGAAGAACGCGAGCGACGGGAGGGCUUGGAGAGAAAACUGUUGCAACUCAGGUCUGAGCAUGAGGAACGAACGGCCGAAUUGGAAAACGCAACGCGUCGCCUUCGAGACGCAGAAGAACUGGCUGAGAGUCAUGCCAGAGAAGCCGAAGCUCAUAAGAAUGCAUUUAUUUUGGGUCUAGAGCGAGCUUCAUCGUUCGAUUCUGAGACUUCUAUACGCUCACUUGUGGACCAACGAGUGGCUACCUCGGAAGCUCAGGUGGAGAGGGCGAAUAAGCUGGCAAGGGCCAGUCAAGCUGCUGCCGAUGAAGCAGCCGAGAAACUGCGUCGUGCGGAAGAGCGGAUUGCAGGCCUGGAGGCCUAUCAGGAGCAGGCUAGUAGGGAAGGCCUGCAGCUUCGAAGACAGCUGCAAGCUGCUCUGAAAGACUGCCAAACAUAUACAGCGGAGAACAGAGAGCUAAAAGCACAAAUUGAGAAUCACCAAAGGGAGGCUGGAGCCUUGGCUGUCCAACAUGCAGCCCUUAAGGACCUUCUGGGUGAGCGCGGUUACACGGAUAGUAGACGCUCCCCUCGAGGGGAGUCUCCCGGUUCCCGGUUUGGCACCCCAGAGCAGAACCGACUAAGAGAACUGGAGCAACAGCUCUCAGCUAGCUUGAAAGCUCACGAUGAGUUGAAAGCUUCAUUCGAGACAAGAGAGCAAGAAACCGACCGCGCCUACAAGGAGAAGCUGGAACAGCUCGAAAAUGACUACCAAUCCGCCGUUCACUACGUCAAGGGAACCGAGAAGAUGCUGAAGCGGAUGAAGGAUGAGCUUACUCGGUACAAAAUGCAAAACGCGAAGAUCCAGUCUGAACUUGAAGCGGCCCAGAGUCGAGAGGGUUCAGUGGCGCCAUCAGGAUGGGAAGCUGAACGCUCCCAGCUUCAGCAAUCACUCACCGAUCUUCAACAAGACACAUCGCGUUCCAUUACCAACCUGGAGGAGCAGAUCACGAGUCUGAAGGAAAGCCUAGCUUCUGCCGAGGCAGAGAAGGAGAAGUCUGUCGCUGAAUACGAGACAAUGCGGCAGGAACUCCUCGCUGUUUCUGAGAAGACUAGCUCUGAACUGGAGCAACUUAAGCAUGAGAACUCGCUGCUUGAAGCUCGUGCGAUGGAUGCCGAGCAGAAGGUUUCUAUGCUCCUGGACCAGGUUGAGGCUUCAGUUGGGCACUACCGGCGACAGUCGCAGCACGGUCAAGGUGUCAACGGAAUAUCCCGAACUCACAGCAACGCCUCUAGCGGUACCAUUGGAGCUGGGACUCGACGGUCCAGGGCCAACAGUGCAGUGUCACAGGAUGACACUUUUCUCGAUAACCGUGGCUCCAUGGCCCUCGACUCGCUAGCAAAUGAAUUGGAAGCCCUACGUUCGCACUGGGAGAGUACUAACAGCAACUACCGACUGAGUACUCAGUCGGACUUCGAUCGCACUCCAACAAAGGACUCCGGACUUAGCGACAGCUUAGCAGAAUGGAGACGACGAUUGGACGAAGAAGAAGCGAGAGCGGGCUCUCCGGAGAAGGGCAAGCCUCGCACUGCUGCUGAAGGGCAAGCGGCAGCGAAUAUGAUCUAA